UCAACCGCCCGCAACGACACACUUUGUGACUUUCACUCGGGCAGUGCACGUUUUGAAAAGCCAAAAUGUACAGGCUCGUUAUUUUUUCCUUUGUGAUCGCGAUCACGACGUGUCAGAACCAAGAGGGCGCGAGACGCGUGCCCAAGUAUGCCGGAGACCCUAAAACGGCCGCCAUAGUCCAGGAAGCGCGCUAUCUCAACGGAAACGGAGCUUUCGGAGCCGCCUACCAACAGGAGGAUGGCAUCGACUUCAAAGAAGAAACGGACGCCGAUGGCAACAGGAGAGGCAGCUACUCCUACAUCGACCCCACUGGACAGCGAAAAACAGUGAACUACAUUGCUGGAAAGAACGGGUUCCAAGCCAUCGGUGACCACAUUCCUACCGCCCCACAGCCCGUGGCGCCCACUCCUGGAUACACGCCCGAUCCACAGUACAACUCACCGGAAUACAAAGCGAACCAAUAUAGUGCACCUCAGCAAUAUACAGCUCCAGCCCCAGCUCGAAAUUACGGAGGAAAACCUAAUGAAGAUGAUGGACAAUACCACCCAGAAUUGUACGAACAGGAAAAUUAUGUUGCUCCUCAACAACAAUACCGACCUCAAUCACAGUACCAAGCGCAGCCUCAGUACCAGGCUCAACCUCAAUAUCAACCUCAGCCGCAAGCUCCUCAGUACCAGCCUAACAACAUUUACCCAGGAGUGCAACAAGCACAAUACAGUGGAGUUCAGUCUCAACAGUAUACUGCACCCCAGCCCGUGACCCGUCAACAGUACUACGACGCCACGACACCCCCGCCGUCCCGCUUCUUCCCCCCGGGCAAGUUCAGCCUAAACAGAGCGCCCGACGGCUACACCUACUCCUUCCACAAAGUUUAAGUCAAUAGUCUAUAGGCCCGGCGAUUUGUAAAGGCCGUAACACGUAAAAAGCACGCAUCAAUUAGCAAUUCGCCGAGUCAUGAGGCGACCGCGAUGUGUACACGGUCGCUUCAAAAGCAUUUCUUAAUUGUUGUUUGCUGUGAUAUUGUGAGUUAAUGGACAGGUAUACAUAUGUUGAUCGUUUUUGUUGAUACGUUGAGGAGGGUCUGCGGCUCGGAGUCAGUUGACGGUUGUAAAUAAUUUUAGUAUUAAGUAAUAAAAAUAAUUUGAAUCCACCUAGUAAUGGAAUUAAA